AAUAUAUAGAAAUGAUGAAGAUUUGGGUGAAUUUAAUAGUAUUGGGAUUGUUGAGAUUUGUUGUUCCAGUAUGUUCUAAUGGUUAUAGUGAAGUGAAAACAACGCUUCACGGUAUGUUCAAGGAUAAGGAUUUUGGAGAAUCCCUGGACCUUCUAAUUAGCAAGUACAAAUAUACACCGGAGUUAAUUGAGAAAUCGUUCAAAAGAUGUCUGGAGAAGAAAGUGGAGGAUAACAAGCUUAUGGCCUGUUUUAUCUCAGGUCUUUACAGAGAAAAGGUGCUGGAAGAACACAAACUACUUCUUUGUAUAGCUGAAUACGCCAAGGACGCAGUGGUGACGUGUAUUAUAUCAUGCCUUAACAACUACACACCCGAGUGCUUUAAGUGUUUCGGAAACAAUUUGGAAAGGAUAAAGACGUGCAUGGACGAUGCUCCCUACACUUAUAUGUAAAUUAUUUAAAAGGGUUAUAAACACCCAAACUUAUCUAAUCUUUCACAUAGCUAUUGUUAAUCUUGUGAACUUAUUGCAUGAUUAUCUUAAUUCUCACCAAGCUAAUUGUGAAUACUUUCAUUACAAAGUUAUCAACUGAUAAAAUUAUUAAUAUACAUUAGGUUUGACAUAGGUAUGAUAAACAUUAAUGUUUGUUGUGGUAGAUAUAGUGACGUAAAUUAACAAUAGUGUAAAAUAGGAGAAGUGAUAUAGUAAAUAACGAGUGGGACUGGUAAUCCAUGUGAUUAAAAGGUAAUAAUACACUAAGAAAGUUGAAUAUGGAUCCGGUGGACUUGACGUAAUGGUUCAAGAUGGACAACAUACGGAAUGAACACAGGAAACGAACUCAGAUUGGGAUAAGAAUAGUUAGAAGAAACACUUGAAGGAACAUUAAAUGGGUCUUUAGCUCCAAUUUCAGAGGGGUUCAUGUUGUAGUCCUACUGAAAUAAAUUUUCUGAUACAUGUGCA